AUGACUAAUACUUAUUACGAGAUCCUCCAAGUUGAGAAAUCAGCCUCCGAGUCUGAGAUAAAGGCAGCGUUUAAACGUCUCGCCAGAAUACAUCAUCCGGACAAGAAUUCCGAUAGCGCAGAGGCGACUGCUCGUUUCCAAACGCUUAAAAAUGCUUAUGAUGUCCUGAUUGACCCGUUUAAGCGACGUCAAUAUGACAGAACUCUUCGACCGGUAGGCUUUGGCACUCGCGCGCCCGCACCAUCAGAGCCACCAAAGUCCUCUUUUCAUCAUGACAGUGAAAGCAAAAAGAAACUCGACAAGAGAAUUGCAGAAUUAGGAGCGAGCCUUGAUCAGUUACGGGUGCAAAAGUCCGCCACGGAUCACGACAUAUGGACAGAGGAAGAGCUUCUGGCCAAGCUCAAGAUUAAGCUAGACAACCUAAACGACGAGGGGGAGGAUGAGAAGGCAGCAGGCACUGCCUCAAAAGAAAAGCGCGAUUUCAAGUUUGCCUCCUGGUUUACAUCAAGAGAAUCGGCACAAGUCAAAGAAGCCAGGGAACGACGUGCAGCGGAGAGAAACGCCGCCCGCACUGCCUUGCAAGAACAGAUUGACCAGGCCACCGCCACGAUAGCUGGCCUCAGGUCGCGGGAUGAGCCGCUGAUGGCGCAAAUCAUGAAAGAGAUGAGAGAGUUGGCAAGGCUCAAUAUUGAGCGGGAGGGUCUCGCGCGCGACAAGUAG